GCAGCCGAUGACGGCGGCUUUGAGAGCGGCGCCUACAACAACUCUGCCAUCCGGACACCCAACCUGGACGCGCUGGCCCGGCGCGGGUUGGUUUUCCAGAACGCCUUCACCUCCGUGAGCAGCUGCUCACCCAGCCGGGCCAGCAUCCUGACCGGCUUACCGCAGCACCAGAACGGCAUGUACGGGCUGCACCAGGACGUGCAUCACUUCAACUCCUUCGACGGCGUGAGGAGCCUGCCCCUGCUGCUGAGCCAGGCGGGCGUGAGGACAGGGAUCAUUGGGAAGAAGCACGUGGGGCCGCAGGCUGUGUACCCCUUUGACUUUGCCUACACGGAGGAGAACAGCUCGGUGCUGCAGGUCGGGAGGAACAUCACCCGGAUAAAGAUGCUCGUCCGGCAGUUCCUGCAGAGCCAGGAYGAGAGGCCCUUCUUCCUCUAUGUCGCCUUCCAUGACCCCCACCGCUGUGGGCACUCCCAGCCCCAAUAYGGGGCCUUUUGUGAGAAAUUUGGCAAUGGAGAGAGCGGCAUGGGCCGGAUCCCCGACUGGAAGCCACAGAUUUACCGCCCGGAGCAAGUGCAGGUGCCCCCCUUUGUCCCUGACACGCUGGCUGCCCGGGCAGACCUGGCUGCGCAGUACACGACCAUCGGCCGCAUGGACCAAGGGAUCGGGCUGGUCCUGCAGGAGCUGCGCCACGCUGGUUUCCUCAACAGCACCCUGGUGAUGUACAGCUCUGACAAUGGCAUCCCCUUCCCCGGGGGCAGGACCAACCUGUACCGCUCAGGCACGGCAGAACCGCUGCUCCUGUCCUCCCCUGAGCACCGCCAGCGCUGGGGACAGGUCAGCCAGGCCUUUGCCACGCUGCUGGACCUGACUCCCACCAUUCUGGACUGGUUCUCCAUCCCCUACCCUGCCUACAGCAUCUUUGGCACGAGGCACGUGCAGCUCACAGGGAAAUCUCUCCUGCCUGCACUGGAGUCAGAACAGCCCUGGGCCACCGCCUUCAGCAGCCAGAGCCACCACGAGGUGACCAUGUACUACCCCAUGCGAGCCAUCCAGCACGGCCCCUUCCGCCUCAUCCACAACCUCAACUACAAGAUGCCCUUCCCCAUCGACCAGGACUUCUACGUCUCACCCACCUUCCAGGACCUGCUGAAGCGCACCAGGGCGGGGCAGCCCACGCACUGGAACAGGACCCUGCACCAGUAUUACUACCGGGAGCGCUGGGAGCUCUUUGACUGCAGCCGUGACSCCAGCGAGAGCCAGAACCUGGCCCCCGACCCCCGCUACUCCCACAUCCUCCAGCAGCUCCGUGCUCAGCUCCUGCAGUGGCAGUGGGACACGGGGGACCCCUGGGUGUGCGCCCCUGAUGCUGUUCUGGAGCAGAAACUGAGCCCGCAGUGCCAGCCGCUGCACAACGAGCUGUGAGUGCCACCCGUGCCCUGGCACCGUCAGSGUGUGCCCCACUGGCACCAGGGGUCAGCCGGGGUCACUGAUGGGCUGGUCCCAAACCCCCGGUGACACCACAGGGCACUGCUGGGUCCCAGAGGGAUGCUGGUGCCUUGACACUCAGCCAGAGGGGCCGAGGGGCCAAGCUGCCCCCCAAUAAAGCCUCUGGAGGUUAAGGCUGAGUUUAUCACCAAGCACGGCCCUG